CGUCCCGCCGUCAGGUCCACCCGCAGAGACUUUGGGAUCUCUUUUUUGCCGUUAGUCGGGGCAGCUCGAAUUCUGUUGGUGAGGAAGCGACGAAUGCCAAAGGCGGGACCUCAAGGACUCUUGCUUCCCCAACGCAAGAAUGGCUCGCGUCUCCGGUGAGGACGAAGCGAUGCUGCAGGCGAUGUUGAGGCAGUUGUUCCAGAGCGUGAAGGAGAAAAUCACGGGUGCUCCCUCCCUGGAGUGCGCCGAGGAGAUCCUCUUACAUCUGGAGGAAACGGAUGAAAAUUUCCACAACUAUGAAUUUGUGAAGUACCUUAGACAGUAUAUAUGCAACACUUUGGGGUCUAUGAUUGAAGAAGAAAUGGAAAAAUGGACAUCUGAUCAGAACCAGGGUGAGGAAUUUGGCUAUGACACAGUUGUACAGCAUGUUACUAAAAGAACUCAGGAAUCUAAAGAAUACAAAGAGAUGAUUCAUUCUCUGAAGAACAUCAUGAUGAUAGUGGUGGAAUCUAUGAUUAACAAGUUUGAAGAAGAUGAAAUACGAAGUCAAGAGAGGCAGAAAAAAAUCCAAAAGGAGAAAAGCAGUAGUUAUUGCACAGACAAUUGCUCUGAUAGUGACUCGUCCUUCAAUCAGAGUUACAAAUUUUGUCAAGGAAAAUUACAAUUGAUUUUAGACCAGUUGGAUCCUGGGCAACCUAAAGAGGUGAGAUAUGAAGCCUUGCAAACAUUGUGUUCAGCUCCUCCAUCUGAUGUCCUGAACUGUGAAAAUUGGACCACUCUCUGUGAGAAGCUGACAGUGUAUCUUUCAGAUCCUGAUCCUGUAUUUAGGGACCGGAUUUUAAAAUUCUAUGCACAGACGUUUACACUUUCACCGUUACAUAUGACCAAGGAAAUUUAUACAAGCUUAGCUAAAUAUUUGGAGUUAUACUUUGUUUCCAGAGAAAACCAUAUUCCUACUCUUUCAACUGGCAUAGACAUAAGUAAUCCUAAUGUGACCCAUUUACUUAAAAAGAUUCGUCUUCUAAAUGAAUAUCAGAAAGAGGCUCCAUCUUUUUGGAUUCGACACCCAGAAAAGUAUAUGGAAGAAAUUGUGGAGAGUACCUUGUCUUUGUUAUCAGUUAAGCAUGAUCAAAGCCAUCUUGUCUCACAAAAAAUUUUGGAUCCGAUAUAUUUUCUUGCAUUGGUGGAUACCGAGGCUGUGUGGUUCAAAAAGUGGAUGCAUGCAUAUUAUAGCAGAACUGCAGUACUAAGACUUCUGGAAAAGAAAUAUAAAUCUCUGAUAACUACAGCGGUUCAGCAGUGUGUUCAAUACUUUGAGUUGUGUGAAACCAUGAAAGGUGAUGAAGUUUUGGGACAUUCAAAGUCUUGUGGGAUUAAGCAGAAAACUUUCUACUACUCAGGAAAAGAAUUACAAUACAUUUAUUUCAUUCACUCACUGAGCCUUUUGGGAAGAUUGCUGAUCUAUACCCAAGGCCGAAAGCUAUUUCCUAUAAAGUUGAAGACUAGAAAAGAUUCAGUAUCCCUUACAGAUCUUCUGGUUCUGUUUACCCAACUUAUCUAUCAUUCACCAACUUGUCCAAAGAUGACAUCACCUGGUCAUUUAGAGAAUUACUCUCCUGCAAGUAUGGCAACUGAGGUUCUGUGUAUACUCUGUGAUCAGAAAGAAUGUGCAAUUGAAUGCUUAUAUAACAACACUGUGAUUGAGGCUCUUCUUCAGCCUAUUCAUAACUUAAUGAAAGGAACUAAGGCUGCUCCAAAUUGCUCUGAAACAGCUUUAAUUCAUAUAGCUCAUAUUUUGGCAAGAAUUGCAUCUGUGGAAGAAGGACUUACCCUACUACUUUAUGGAGAAAAUAUGAACUCUUCUGAAGAAAAAAGUCCUACAGGUGCUCAUCUAAUUGCCCAGUUUUCGAAAAAACUUCUUGAUGAAGAUAUUUCUAUUUUUUCUGGAUCAGAGAUGUUUCCUGUGGUUAAAGGAGCUUUUACUUCUGUGUGUCGUCAAAUAUACAGUACAUGUGAAGGCUUACAGGUGUUAAUUCCUUAUAGUUUGCAUGAAUCUAUAGCAAAGGCUUGGAAGAAGACAAGUCUGCUAUCAGAAAGAAUUCCUACUCCAGUAGAGGGUUCUGAUUCUGUUUCUUUGGUUAGCCAGGAAUCCCAGAACAUUAUGGCUUGGGAAGAGAAUUUGUUAGAUGAUUUACUAAAUUUUGCUGCCACUCCCAAAGGACUACUGCUUCUUCAAAGAACAGGUGCCAUCAACGAAUGUGUGACAUUUAUGUUCAACCAAUAUGCAAAAAAAUUACAGAUCAACAGGCAUAAAAAGUUUGGCUAUGGAGUUUUGGUUACACAAGUGGCAUCAACAGCAGCAGGUGCAGUAGCCCUACAAAAUUCAGGGUUUAUUAAUGCCAUUAUAACUGAAUUAUGGGCCAAUCUGGAAUGUGGAAGAGAUGAUGUUAGAGUAACCCAUCCCAGAUAUACUCCAGUGGACCCUAUUGACCAAAGCUGUCAAAAGUCUUUUCUAGCACUGGUGAACCUGUUAUCUUAUCCUGCUGUUUUUGAGCUGGUUGGCAAUCAAAGUCUUCCUAAUAAAGCAGAAUAUUCUCUUCGUGAAGUCCCAACAAGUGUUAUUGAUAUUAUUGACAGACUUAUAAUUUUGAAUUCUGAAGCCAAGAUUCGUUCUUUAUUCAACUACGAACAAUCACACAUCUUUGGUCUAAGGUUGUUAAGUGUGGUAUGCUGUGAUCUAGACACUCUUCUUCUGUUGGAGGCUCAGUAUCAAGUAUCUGAAAUGUUACUAAAUGCUCAAGAAGAAAAUACCUUAGAAACCUCUGAAAGUCACAGGGAGUUUAUAAUUGAUAGCUUAUCAGUAGAAAGAAAUCAUGUUCUUGUUAGAAUAAAUCUUAUUGGUGGGCCAAUGGAACGAAUUUUGCCUCCAAGGUUACUGGAGAAGGGUAAUGAACCAUAUCCUUGGCCAAUGUUUUCAUCAUACCCUUUACCAAACUGCUAUUUGUCAGACUGUGUUACAAGAAGUACUGAUCUAAAACAAGGGCCAGCCGAAGCACAGCAUUGAUUCGCAAGGUCAUCGAUGUCCAGGCCACUGGCAGUGAUUGCUUUUUUUUUUUUGAUCUUAGAAAUUCAAAUGGCUGUUCAUUGAAAGCCUCAAACAUAUUAGUAGCUUUUGAUACAAGUAAACUUAUGAAUGUUCUGAAGUAAAAAUGAGCUUAAGAAAAAAAGGAGAAUGGCAUGACUUACAACAGCAACUACAUUUUAAUAAAAGAAUGAAAAUUGCCAAAUUAACAAAUGAGUAGGUUGGAUUGCUUUUAUUCCUAGUCUGAUAAAUUAUGUAAGAUUUAGGAUUGCCACUUCUCCUCCAAUCAACCGAAAAUAGAAUCCCAUAAGAAAAACAAAGUGCUUUGAAAAAUAAUAUGUACUACAUAAAAUGUAAUGCAGCAUGAUGACAAGGUAUUGUUUGUUCUGAUUUUGAAAGUCUUUGUAUUAUGUCUUACAUAUAUAGUAAGUCUAUAAAUAUUUUUGGAGAUGAAUUCUCCUUUUUAUCAAAUAUUUAUCUAGGCUUUUAUGUCAAGUCAGGCACUUUCUCAUUUUUUUUUCUUUCUGUAUUGUUUCUACCCUUGGAAUUAAAAUUUAUUUUCUGCAGAUAAAAGGUAAAUGGCUUUUAUUUGGCAUUAUCCUGUUAACUGAGAGAAUAAGAAAAUAUGGUUCCUUUCCAAUGUCAUGAAUCUUGAGCUGUAGUUGUUGAGAUACUUAGUUUAAAAAUCAGAAUAAGUGUUUUCCUUUGAAUUGUAAAAACUCUUCAUGUACUUCUUGCAUGUUUGAAACAAACAUCAGUGGCAGAUAGCAGAAAUAAAUCACCUGCUAGUUUAGAUGCAAGUGAUAGGGGAAAACUAAUUGCUCAUUUUUUAAAAAAACUCUGAUGCCUCCUAUAGUACAUGCUUAAUUAUCACAUAUUAAAAUGAAAAGUGAUAUGAUAAUUCUAAAGUGAAGUAUAAUCUGUAUAAAAUAUAGAUGUCAUAUGUGUAAGAACUCACAGUUCAAACCAAAUAAAGACAGUGUAAGAAUUUAGAUACUCUCACAUUUAGAAAUGUAGGGAGAACUAAUAUAGAGAAUUUAAGCAUCUUUUCAAUUGCUUCUUGGAGACCACUCCAGAGUCUUUCCUUAGAUAUUGUAAAUAUUAAGAAUAAAGGGGCAUAACUGUAUUAAUCUGCAUGGAAAAGGAAAAGAUAAGCAGAAACACAAAUUGGAAGCAAAUAUUUCACAAAUAUGCUUCAGACUAAUAGAUGGGUGACUUUCCAAAUUAAGCCUAGGAAUCUGUUGCAAGUUAAUUUAUUAAAUCUUCCAUUUAUUUUGUUUCUUUUAUAGCAGCUGUUUAUGAUAUUCUGUAUAAAAUGGGCAUUCAGAAUGUCUGAUACCCUUGGAAAGAAGUAUGCAAAGUUUUUUGCAUAGAUUUUCUUUGCAUUUGUAUUGUGCUUACAUUUUUCUUGUCCUUGAAAUGGAGGUUCUUUCUUUUUACAUCAUCUGUGAUAAUAAGUAUAACCUUUCCUUCUAUAUUGUAAUCUUUUGAGAAACAAAUUAUACAAUAUCAUCAAGUAUGAAAAGAUUAUAGUACUUACCAUAACAAAGAAUUUCAGGGUUUAGAUAUGAACUAUUAUCAGUUGUAAUUGAAUUUUGUAAACAUGAAACUUGAUGUUUCCUAUUUCCUCAGUGAUAGUAAGUAAGUAAGUGGGUUGGGUAAAAAGUGCUUAUUGCCAGAGGGAACUGUCCUGUGCAUUGUAUGAUUUUUUUUUAGCAGCUUUCAUGGUCUCUGCUCACUAGAUACCCAUAGAGGUCUCUCUCUGCACCCACCCCUCCCAGAGCAAAACUUAGCCCAUUUGAGAACUAUAGCUGUAGAUUUGUUUUUUCAUACUAGCACUUCAUACAGAUAGACUCACGUAAGAUACUUUAUUUGUGCUUGAUUUCUUUAAGCAUAAUGAAUUCAAGAUUCAUCUAGUUUGUUACAUGCACCAUUUGUGUGUACCAUUUUACUCAGGAGGAUUCCAGUAUAGAUUAACUGCAGUUUGAGUUAAUUUCACUUUUUGUUUGUAUUUUCUUAAAAUUCUUAAAAACAACUGCUUUAAAAUAUUUACCCAGUAAUUGUAUAACCAAGGUCCUUUCUGUGUCUUUAUAUUAAUUGAUUUAACUACUGGUUAGUAACUUUUAAUUAAAUACUCAGCAUUAUUAAUUUUACAUAGUUGAGUGCUAGAUUUUGUUUUCUUUAAAGAGUAAUGGACAUUUCGGGCCAUGCAGUCAAGUUACUUGUGAAAUCAGUUUGAUCAUUCAGGGCUUUCAUUGUUUUUGUUAGGCUACGUGUAAAGUUGUCUUUGUGUGUGUGUGUGUGUUUAGUCGCUCAGUCGUAUCUAUGUGUGACCCCAUGGACUGUAGCCCACCAGGC